AAGCAAAACCAGGGGCCGAAGCCACCAGACAGAGCCGGGCCUAGCCCAGAGACAUGGACAGUUGCUACGACCCAGGUCUGGAUGGUAUUGCUGAAUAUGAUGAUUUCAAAUUCAGUCCCUCCGUUGUGGAACCCAAGGAGCCAGUCCCCGAGACAGCUGAUGGCCCCUACCUGGUGAUUGUGGAACAGCCUAAGCAACGUGGCUUCCGAUUUCGAUAUGGCUGUGAAGGUCCUUCUCAUGGAGGCCUGCCUGGUGCCUCAAGUGAGAAGGGACGGAAAACCUAUCCCACUGUCAAGAUCUGUAACUACGAGGGCCCUGCCAAGAUUGAGGUGGACCUGGUAACACACAGUGACCCACCUCGUGCUCAUGCCCACAGCCUGGUGGGCAAGCAGUGCUCAGAGCUGGGAGUCUGUGCUGUCUCUGUGGGGCCCAAGGACAUGACUGCCCAAUUCAAUAACCUGGGUGUCCUGCAUGUGACCAAGAAGAAUAUGAUGGAGAUUAUGAUACAAAAACUUCAGAGGCAGAGGCUCCGCUCCAGGCCCCACGGUCUUACAGAGGCUGAGCGUCGGGAGCUGGAGCAGGAGGCCAAAGAGCUGAAGAAAGUGAUGGAUCUGAGUAUUGUGCGUCUACGCUUCUCUGCCUUCCUUCGAGCCAGUGAUGGCUCUUUUUCCCUUCCCCUGAAGCCAGUUAUCUCCCAGCCCAUCCAUGACAGUAAAUCUCCAGGGGCCUCAAACCUGAAGAUUUCUCGAAUGGACAAGACAGCGGGCUCUGUACGGGGUGGAGAUGAAGUUUAUCUGCUUUGUGACAAGGUGCAGAAAGAUGACAUUGAGGUUCGGUUCUAUGAGGAUGAUGAGAAUGGAUGGCAGGCCUUUGGGGACUUCUCUCCCACAGAUGUUCAUAAACAGUAUGCCAUUGUGUUCCGGACACCUCCCUAUCACAAGAUGAAGAUUGAGCGGCCUGUAACGGUGUUCCUACAACUGAAACGCAAGCGUGGAGGGGAUGUAUCUGACUCCAAACAGUUCACCUAUUAUCCUCUGGUGGAAGGUGGAACUGGGCUUGAGGAUCCUAUGGGACUGGGCUGGGCUGGAGGGUUCCCAAGAGACAAGGAGGAGGUGCAGCGGAAGCGGAGGAAGGCAUUGCCUACCUUCUCCCAGCCCUUUGGAGGUGGCUCGCACAUGGGUGGAGGCUCUGGGGGCUCUGCUGGGGGUUAUGGAGGAGCUGGAGGAGGAGGUGGCAGCCUCGGCUUUUUCCCCUCCUCCUUGGCCUACAGCCCCUACCAGUCCGGCGCAGCCCCAAUGGGCUGCUACCCGGGCGGCGGGGGCGGGGCGCAGAUGGCCUCCUCCUCGCCGGGUGUGGAUGCUAUGGAGGAAGCGGCAGAGCCAAGCGCGCCCCCUGGAAACCCAGAGGGCGAACCACAGGCUCCAAACGCCCUGCUACGAGCUCGGGAGUACAACGCGCGCCUGUUUGGCCUGACGCAGCGCAGCGCCCAAGCCUUGCUCGACUACGGCGUCACGGCGGACGCCCGCGCGCUGUUGGCGGGACAGCGCCACCUGCUGAUGGCUCAGGACGAGAACGGAGACACGCCGCUGCACCUGGCAAUCAUCCACGGGCAGACCAGUGUCAUUGAGCAGAUAGCCCAUGUCAUCUACCAUGCCCAGCACCUCGGUGUUGUCAACCUCACCAACCACCUGCACCAGACACCCCUGCACCUGGCAGUGAUAACUGGACAGACAAGGGUGGUGAGCUUUCUGCUACAGGUGGGUGCAGACCCUGCACUGCUGGAUCGCCAUGGAGACUCAGCCAUUCACCUGGCACUGCGGGCAGGUGCUGGAGCCCCAAACCUGUUGCAAGCACUGCUGCACAGUGGAGCUCCCACUGUGCCCCAGCUAUUACAUAUGCCUGAUUUUGAGGGACUGUAUCCAGUACACCUGGCAGUUCGUGCCCGAAGCCCUGAGUGCCUGGAUCUGCUGGUGGACAAUGGAGCUGAAGUGGAGGCUGCAGAGCGACAGGGAGGCCGAACAGCACUGCAUCUAGCCACCGAGAUGGAGGAGCUGGGGUUGGUUACACAUCUGGUCACCAAGCUCCAUGCCAAUGUGAACGCCCGCACCUUUGCUGGAAACACACCCCUACACCUGGCAGCUGGACUGGGAUCCCCAACUCUUACCCGUCUCCUUCUAAAGGCUGGUGCUGACAUUCACGCAGAAAAUGAGGAGCCUCUGUGCCCACUGCCCUCACCUCCCACCUCUGGAAGCGACUCAGAUUCCGAGGGACCUGAGAGGGACAUCCAGAGCAGCUUCCGGGGCCACACACCUCUUGACCUCACACGCAGCACCAAGGUGAAGACCUUGCUGCUUAAUGCUGCUCAGAACAUCAUGGAGCCCCCCCUGACCCCACCCAGCCCUGCAGGACCAGGGCUGUCACUUGGGGAGACAGCCUUACAGAAUCUGGAGCAGCUGCUAGAUGGGCCGGAAGCCCAGGGUAGCUGGGCAGAGCUGGCAGAGCGGCUAGGACUGCGCAGUCUAGUUGACACAUACCGGAAGACAGCUUCACCCAGUGGCAGCCUCCUGCGCAGUUAUAAGCUGGCUGGUGGUGACUUGUCAGGUCUGCUGGAUGCCCUGUCUGACAUGGGUCUAGAUGAAGGAGUGCGACUGCUAAGAGGUCCUGAGACCCGAGAAAAGCUGCCUAGCACAGCAGAAGUGAAGGAAGACAGUGCAUAUGGGAGCCAGUCAGUGGAACAGGAGGCAGAGAAGCUGGGCCCACCCCCUGAGCCACCAGGAGGGCUCUGCCAUGGGCACCCCCAGCCUCAGGUGCACUGAACUGCCACCUGCCCUUCAGCCCUCUUCCUGAACUUCUCUGUACAGCAUCCCUAUCUAGUCCAAAUCUUAUUUAACACCCCAUGCCCACACCUCAGUUGGAGCAAAUAAAAGAUUCUCUGGGAGGACCCCCUUCCCAUCUUAUGGCA